AUGGUUGCUACAAGUAAUAGUAGUGUGGAUCAAAUUUCAGCAAUUGAUAUAAACAUAAAAAAGAUUGUACCUGACAUAGAUACAAACCAUAUUUUGACAACUAAUAUGAAUUUGAAUAAGGUUGUAUCUGAUGUAGAUAUAUACCAAAUUGCAGCAACAGAAGU